AUGGGAAAUACUAUUGAAGCUGCUAAUAUUUUAUCUGAUUUGUUAUUUAACGCGGAUGAUGGCAUGAAACGUAAAUGUAAAUUGCCACAGACUAUAAGAAAGUUUGAUAAGAAAAGUAAUUGGUUCGACGAUUACUGCAAAUAUAUGAAGCAACAGACCAGAAAAGCCCUAAAUCAGUUUCGAAAUUGUAGAUCUGUUGUUAAUCUUGAAAACUAUAUUACUCACAGAAAUAAUUAUCGUAUAUUGCUAAGGGACAAAAAGAUAUUAUUUAACAAUCUCAAAAAACGUGAAGUUUACAUCUCUGAAAACAAUCAGAAUACAAAGGAAUUUUGGAAUUUAUUAAAUAGUAAGAAAAGUGGCUCAUCUACAAAAAUCCAACCAAGCGCAUGGCAUGUUUAUUUUUCUCAACUCUUUGCGAGUACAGAUUUGAAUUAUGGGAAUGAAAGUAACAUGUUUUUAGAAGAAGUUCAAGACUAUCUUAAUAAUUUAUUAAUUUUGCCAGAGUCAAAUGCAGUUAUUGACUACUAUCAGAUUUUAGAUCAAGCCAUUACAAUUGUGGAAUUGGAACAUGCCCUUAGUCGGUUAAAUGCAAAUAAGACAGCUGGUAUUGAUGGUUUAUUGCCGGAAAUAUUUAAGCAUAUUCCUAUGAUAUUUAAACAAUUACUUGUUAAACUUUUCAAUACAAUACUUAAUACUGGUAUAUUCCCUCCACAAUGGGUGCAUGGUUUAAUUAUUCCUGUCUAUGAGAAGGGUGAAAGAGAUUCAGUUAAUAACUAUAGAGGUAUUACAUUAUUGCCUUCGAUUACAACAGUUUUCAGUGAUAUUAUAUAUAAUCGUCUGCUUAAUUGGGUGAACUUGCACUAUCCUACAGUGGAAGAACAGGCUGGUUUCCGUAAAAAUUAUUCAUCAGUUGACAAUCUAUUCGUUUUAUCGACCAUUAUUGAUCGUUAUUUGUAA